AUGGGCGCUGUUAAUAACUAUUACGUCGCUGUUAUGAAAAGUAACGUAACUAAAUGGGCUGUUCGCAUAAGAAGAGUAGAUGAAGGUUCCUCUGUAUCUGGUAAAGCUGAGGAUGGUUCUGAAAAUUCUCUGCCUGAAGAUUUCCCUCUUUACCAACCUUGGGAGUUUAAAUUACUCGAAAAUGAGGAAAAGAAAGUAGCGGUGAAUCCUUUGAAUGACAAAAAUUUAGGCAAGGGCAAGAGCGUUCCUAAGAAACCCACCUCAAAAUUUGUAUCCAAGAUAACUACGUUAAAAGAUGAUGUCUCUAGGAAGCGUGCGAGAUAUGAUUCUUCCUCAAGUUCGAAAUCUUCAGAUGAAGAUACUUUUGUUUCUGAAGAAGAGGUAUCGAUCGAUUUGUAUCAGAAGAAAUUAUCUGAUCUUUUUUCUGGAGAUGGUUUUGCUACUCUUGAGGAUGAUGAAAUGGAUCGUGCUUUCAAAAUGGUCUCAAAGAUCUGUACUGCUUCUAAUUGGGAAGAUCGGUCUCUUCGUGGAGCUGCCUCUUGGAUAAACCCAGAUUUUCAAUUUGCGAUGAAUGGCUUGAAUGCUCGCAUAUCUUAUGCGAUUUCUUUAGACAAUGAAAGAAAUCUUCGCAAGUUGCAAGAUGAGAAUGCCAAGCUGAGACAUGAGAAGUCUAAUCUUUCGGAUGUGAGUGCGAAUCUUACAAGCGAGAAUACAAAACUUAGAAAUGAGAAUUUAACUAAUUCUCAAAACCCAAGAAAUAAACAAGGAACUCAUUGGUAUGUGACUUAUAUUUUCUCACUCCUUUUCUUUUAUGCGAUCAUUCGCACUUCUUACUUAGUUAUCUUCGCAGACCUGUAUGACCUUUCAGAUGAAGCGGCUAAUCUUCCUGAUGCUGAAAUUCUUUUAGAGCACCUCAAUUCCUCUUUAAAUAAUUACCCUACUCAAGGAUUUGAAAACCUUAGCUUGGAAGAGUUAAAAUUAAAAUAUACCACCCUUAGAAAAUGCCAUAGAAGUGCAUUAUCCUCUGCCAAUAGUUUUAAACGACGUUUUUAUGAGAAGAGGGAAGCAAUUCAAGUAUUGGAGGCGAAGAAGAACACACUUAUUAUUGAAAAAGAUGAAAUCGCUCUUAAGGGUGCGAAGGCACUAGAACAUUUUCAAGAAUCUAUUAUUGAAUUUAAAAUAGAACGUGAUUUAGCUUUUCGUGAGAGGGACAUGCUUAUCGAGGAGAGAAACUUAAUUCGAUCUCAACUCCUUAUAGAAAAGAAAGAGAAGGAGUAUCAAAAGAGAAUUGUAGAGUUAGAAACUGGCUUAAAUGCUAAAGAAGAAGAAUCAUCCGCUUGUAACUCUAAGUAUCAGCAAUUGAAGGUAAAUUGGUUCAACUUAGUCCAAAACAACAGUAACGAUGCCAAUCGCUCUCGUGAGGCUGCUGUUAAAAGAGUUUGUCUGGAGAAUGAAGACUCUGAAGAAGAUUCCAAAGAAGAAGCUAGUAAUUCCGAAACUGAACGAAAUGAGGAAGAUGAAAAUUGA